CAAGAAUACAAAAUCCGAUCUUCUUCUUCAUUCUCUUCAAAUCUAUACAGAUUUAUUCAUGCAGGCUAUUAUUUUUGACGUGAAUACUUCAGUACUUAAUUACCGAUACACCUAAUCCUUUCUUUAUCCGGGUACUUCUGAAAUGAAAUCACAAGCGCAUGCUUGGUAGAUCAUGGAUUUCUGUGGGUAUCAGUAUAGCUUAGUAUAGUAUAGCUUCCAACUGGCUGCCAGAUGGGAAACCACUUAAUUUCGUCCUCAACUGCCUGAUCCAGUCUAUACUGAUAUUAUGUAAGUGAACCUUAUUAGCACCUUGCAGCUAACCUUAAAGAUAUCCUAGAGAGUUUGUAUAUUCCUUCACCUACAAUUCCUUAAAUGCCUAGCUACAUAUAUCUAUAGGCUACUAGGUCUACUUGGUGCCAUUUCAAUAGUCUUGCAGAUCCUCCAUACCAAAAUUGAAUGUUGAGUAAAGCCGUAAGCUUGACGUAUCCAAGAUGAAAGCUAUUCUACAGCGCGUGCUGUCUGCUUCAGUAACGGUAGAAAAAGAAGUGGUAUCAUCUAUCGGCAAAGGAGUCUUAGUUUUUGCCGCAGUAGCUCCAGGUGACACUGAGAAAGAGGCCGAGUCACUCGCAGCUAAAGUGUUAAAGCUCAAAUUGUGGGAUGACGACACCGGCGGAAGAUGGAAGAAGAGCGUGAUGGAUAUCGGUGGUGAGGUGCUUUGUGUUUCUCAGUUUACCCUGCUUGCCUCUACGAAAAAGGGCAAUAAGCCCGAUUUUCAUGGAGCGAUGGGAGGAGAUGAAGCCAAGAGACUCUACGAGCAUUUCUUCAAUAAGGUACAGCAAGGCUACACGAACGAAAGGGUAAAAAAUGGUGUGUUUCAAGCCAUGAUGGAAGUUGCUUUGGUAAACGAUGGUCCGGUCACGUUGGAAUUGUCAGCUGGCCAGAAACCUAUACCAACGCCAACGCCGAAACCAGCAGAGCCGCCAAGUGAAAAGUAGCGGAAAAUCAGAUCGAUAGCAUUGUCCUACAGGCGAUAGAUCGUAGAGUGGUGCAUUAGAAAGAGCAUAUAUUCCAUUUCUCCUUAUAAAUUAAUAAGUAAUACCCAAUGCACGGGGUUAAGUGUCGCGAAAUGAACGAUGUCAUCCGCUUAUAGUAGUGAGGGUAUCAAAAUAUCGGAUAAAAGAUGCAGUGUAAGUGACCAUAUACGCCUCAGCCCCCAACUAAUUACGAAAUUCCUGCUCAAACCCCAUCAAUCCGUCUCAUGAUGAGAUGCCCUGUCCAUUGAAUAAGGGUAAAGGAGGUAUUAAGAUGCUUUCUCUACCACCGGAAAAAAA